AUGCCUCCCUCAUCCAGGCAGCAGUCCAGCAGUUGCAUGAAGACUGCCACCAUCAUCCCGGUCCCCAAGAGCUCUGCAGUGACGGGUCUGAAUGACUACCGACCAGUAGCCCUCACGCCGAUACCACCUCGUCACUACAGCCACCCCGCCACCCCGUCACUACAGCCACCCCAUCACUACAGCCACCCCGCCACCCCGCCACUACAGCCACCCCGUCACUACAGCCACCUCGUCACUACAGCCACCCCGCCACCCCGUCACUACAGCCACCCCAUCACUACAGCCACCCCGCCACCCCGCCACUACAGCCACCCCGUCACUACAGCCACCCCGCCACCCCGCCGCUUCAGCCACCCCAUCACUACAGCCACCCCGCCACUACAGCCACCCUGCCACCCCGCCACUACAGCCACCUCGUCACUACAGCCACCCCGCCACCCCGUCACUACAGCCACCCCGCCACUACAGCCACCCCGCCGCUUCAGCCACCCCGCCACUACAGCCACCCCGCCGCUUCAGCCACCCCGUCACUACAGCCACCCCGCUACUACAGCCACCCUGCCACCCCGCCACUACAGCCACCUCGUCACUACAGCCACCCCGCCACCCCGUCACUACAGCCACCCCGCCACUACAGCCACCCCGCCGCUUCAGCCACCCCGUCACUACAGCCACCCCGCCACUACAGCCACCCCGUCACUACAGCCACCCCGCCACCCCGUCACUACAGCCACCCCGCCACUACAGCCACCCCACCGCUUCAGCCACCCCGUCACUACAGCCACCCCGCCACUACAGCCACCCCGCCACCCCGUCAUUACAGCCACCCCGCCACUACAGCCACCCCUGCCACCUCGUCACUACAGCCACCCCGCCACUACAGCCACCCCGCCACCCCGUCACUACAGCCACCCCGCCACUACAGCUACCCUGCUACUUCAGCCACUUCAGCCACCCCACCGCUACAGACCCCCUCGCCAUUACAGCCACCCCACCACUAACAGAAGAGUUAUGACUUAA